ACUCGAUGACAGGCUUUUUAAGGUGGCCCCAGAUAUUCCGACCUCAGCCCAGCGUCCUCCUGUGCCUCUACUCAGUGAGGUAGUCUCCAAGAAAGGGGACCCCGAGUCAGCCCAUCACACCUGGUUUCCUAUCUGCUAGGGUCAUUCAUCCCACGGAGCACUGGAGGGCAGCUGAGGAGGAGCCGCCUUAACAAAGGGGUUGUGUGCCAGGGAGCUGGGUAGGUGUCUGGCUAUAUAUCUGCCCAGCGGAGGUACUCUGGGUACAAAGAUGGCACUGACACAGGAGCUGUAUGCCACACCAGCCUCCAGGCUGGACUCCUUCGUGGCUCAGUGGCUGCAGCCCCACCGGGAGUGGAAGGAAAAGGUGCUGGACGCUGUGCGGACCGUGGAGCAGUUUCUGAGGCAGGAGCAUUUCCAGGGGGAGCAUGGGCUGGACCGGGAUGUGCGGGUGCUGAAGGUGAUCAAGGUGGGCUCCUUUGGGAAUGGCACCAUUCUCAGGAGCACAAGAGAGGUGGAGCUGGUGGCGUUUCUGAGCUGUUUCCACAGCUUCCACGAGGCAGCCACACACCACCAAGCCGUUCUGAGGCUGUUAUGGAAAGCCAUAUGGCAAUCCCAGGACCUGCUGGCUCUCAGGCUCGAGUGCCUGAGGUUGGAGAAGAGAGUCCCCGAUGCAAUCGUCCUCACCAUCCAGACCUGGGAGGCUGUGGAACCCAUCACUGUCACCAUCGUGCCUGCCUACAGAACCCUGGGGCCUUCUGCUCCCAACUCCCAGCCACCCCCUGAGGUCUAUGUGAGCCUGAUCAACGCCUGCGAUGUUCCUGGAAAUUUCUCCCCAUCCUUCAGUGAGCUGCAGAGAAACUUCGUGAAACAUCGACCAACUAAGCUAAAGAGCCUCUUGCGCCUGGUGAAGCACUGGUACCAGCAGUAUGUGAAAGCCAGGUCGCCCAGGGCCAAUCUACCCCCUCUCUAUGCUCUUGAACUACUAACCAUCUACGCCUGGGAAAUGGGUACUGAGGAAGAUGAGAAUUUCAUGUUGGAUGAAGGCUUCACCACGGUGAUGGACCUGCUCCUGGCAUAUGAAGACAUCUGUAUCUACUGGACCAAGUACUACACACUCCAGAAUCCAGUAAUCGAGGAUUGUGUCAGAAAACAGCUCAAAAAAGAGAGGCCUGUCAUCCUGGAUCCCGCCGACCCCACCCACAAUGUAGCAGAAGGGUACAGAUGGGACAUCGUCGCUCAGAGGGCCUCCCAGUGCCUGAAACAGGAUUGCUGCUAUGAUGACAGGGAGAACCCCAUCCCCAGCUGGAACGUGAAGAGGGCACGAGACAUCCAUGUGACAGUGGAGCAGAGGGGUUACCCCGAUUACAAGCUCAUCGUGAACCCUUAUGAGCCCAUAAAGAAGAUUAAAGAGAAAAUCCGGAGGAGCAGGGGUUACUCGGGCCUGCAGCGUCUGUCCUUCCAGGUUCCUGGCGAUGAGAGGCAGCUUCUUAGCAGCCGAUCCUCCUUAGCCAAAUACGGGAUCUUCUCCCACACUCACGUCUAUCUGCUGGAGGCCAUCCCCCCGGAAAUCCAGGUCUUCGUGAAGAAUCCUGAUGGUGAGAGCUACGCCUAUGCCAUCGACCCCAACAGCUUCGUCCUGGGUCUGAAGGAGCAGAUUGAAGACCAGCAGGGGCUGCCUAAAAAGCAGCAGCAGCUGGAAUUCCAAGGCCAAGUCCUGCAGGACUGGUUGAGUCUGCGGGGCUAUGACGUCCAAGACAGUGACACCCUCAUCCUCUCUAAGAAGAAAGAGGGACAGGCUCUGUUUCCAGCCAGCUAGUCUCCUCUGGGAAACUUCUCUGUAUAUUUCUGCCACCUACUCCAGAACUCAUUCUGUGCACCACUCUGUCCCACUGUUUACUGGGAAGGUCCUAGGUCUUCACCAGCUUCAUGAUGAGUUAUCCCAAGCCAGACGUGGUCGCUCACACCCGUAAUCCAAGUACUUUGGGAGGCCGAGGUAGGAGGAAUGCUUAAGCCAAGGAGUUCAAGACCAGCCUGGGUAUCAUAGGAAGACCCCGUCUCUACAAAAUAAAAAAUAAGCAGUUGGAUGUGGUGGUGUGUGCUUGUAGUCUCAGAUACUCGAGAGGCUGAGGCGGAAGGAUGGCUUGAGCCCAGGAGGUUGAAGGAGGUUGAAGCUGCAGUGAGCUAUGAUCACACCACUACGCUCCUGCCCAGGCAACAGAUACAGACCCUGUGUCUAAAAAAUAAAAAUAAGUAAAUUUGUUUAAAAAAAGAAUUAUCCCAGCCCUGCCAGGAGGAGGAUGAGACACUGAAUAUACAAAUGGACAGUGGCCACACCACAUAUGACAAUAGAAUUCUGACCCACAAUCAAUCAACCCCAAACCAUCAGGACUUGGUCAAUAACUGCUUGCUUCUCUAAUUCCCCGCCCCACUCCCAUUCCGCUUCCAAUUUAAGACCAACCGAGAAAGCCAAAUAAGCUCCCCAGACCAAUCACAUGGUUAGCCCUGCUUCUAGCCAGUGUGCUUACAGCUUCUCCACACCAACAGCCUCAGUCAGGGCGUCCCUGGAGCCUUCCCAUUUUCCUGCCUGUAUUUAAAUCUCUGUCAAGGGCAAGAGAUGGUGGCUGGUCUCCAUCUGCUGGAGACUAUCCCCCUGCCAGAUCCAGGUCCUCGUGAAGGAUCCUGAUGGUGAGAGCCACGCCUGUGCCAUCGACCCCAACAGCUUCAUCCGGGGUCUGCAGGGUGAAUUCCCAAUCGGAAACUGGGAAUGAACAGCCUCUGUUAGCUCUCAUUUGGGUGCUCCUUAUUUUCACAGGGCCUAAUGCUGCCCUAAUGGUUAUUGCUUGAUCAUUUGAGCUUCUCAACUCCAAGAAACGGGGACUGGGAAAACUGAGGCAAAAAGGAGACAAAGAAUAGGAGACCAAGGCUGAUGCAGUGUAAAAAAAAAUCACCUCAACUCCUAAAAUCCAUACACAAACGGUAUGUAAUAGGAAACUGUAGGAAAAUAACAGCGUCUUUAUUAUCAAAGGACAUCAUGUGAUCGGGUUUACUCCAAGCAAUAAAAAGUUUCCUUUUGCCUUCCCAUUUUGUCCAGCUUUCUACUGGGCUACUCACCUACCAUAGCAUAGAAAAUGCACAUUGCAAUUGGUUCUCAACAGCCUCUGGUCAAUUCGGCAAUCAUAAUCGGUAUAUUUCCCACUUCUGUUUGCCUUCAGGGACAGAAAGAGUGCCUCAUUUCCAGAAGGCUGGUCCAGUCCCCAUCUUUGUGUCCUUCAUAAUGCCCAGCACAGCCCACAUUGUAGGCGGUGAGAAAAUUCUUGUUUAAAAAAAAAAGAAUGGCCAGGCACGGUG